UAACUUGAAACACUUUUUUUUAUCUCUUGUUGUCAGGUUGUCAGUGGAUUCCUGACUGCUUUUAAACCCAUCGGGAGCUUUGUUCAUGAUUUUGUUUCCUUCACAAACAAGGUAAAACACAUUCCACGAUCCCCAACCUGUGUGCUAAAAUAUGAGCUGCUCACUAUGUUGAGUAAUAUGUUCUCGAACUUGAUGUACUUACAGAGAAAUCUGUCAGAAAUAAGAGGCAUAACUGUGACUCAGUUCCUGCUCAACUGGACUCUGGCUGAACUGGCUGGCAGGUAUCAGCCAAAAGAUACAAUUCCAGCAGAACCACAGUUUGAUGUGACGAAUGUGGAGGAUUGGUACCAGCAGGUUGUAACACCAUUGCUUCAGGGGUUCUUCCCAAAUAAUGAAAAUCUGGAGCACCCAAACAUCAAACUUGCUUUUCACCAACUCUUUUAUUUGGACCAUGGUGUGGAUGAUGCAUACUCAGAGGACACAGAUUACUCUGAGAUCCAGGAUGUGUGCAGCAUCACCCUGGAUAAGACUCCCUGUGGGCUGACUGAUGCCGUGGAAAAUGUGGCUCAUGUUUUGCAUUGUGCUGCUCGCACAAACCUGACAUUGAAUGAGGAAACAAUAAUGAGGCUGAUUCUGGAGCUGACCAAACGUCUGAACUCCCUGAUCAAAGAACUGUCCAAAACUAACUUCAAGGAAGUGUCUUCUGAAAUCAAGGAGAUCUUUGGUGAGGGAGAAGCUCCAUCUCUGACCCAGGAACACCUGAAGGACCCCGACUUCAUUCAGCUCUGGUUCCAGAUCAAGCUGCUGCCCCUCCUGCCGGAUGUCCACCCAGAUCUCCUCUCCUGUCUGAGCAGCAAGAACUUCUCCUGUCCUGUCUACCAAACCCUAGUGUCAGCACUGGGCGGAUACAUGAGUUUCAUGGAGGCUGACCCCAUGUACAGUCAGAACAUCUAUAAAUACUUCAUCUAUUCUUUCCUGCAGCAACACAACUUCUCUGAUUGUGGUUUCACAGCCUAUAACAGUGCAGAAUGGCUGCAGAAAAAUGUUGGUUUCUUCUCAAAGUUUGCUUCCAUCAUUGAUUUCUAUGAGCUCAACCGUUUCUUCUCUGGACUGGAAGCUCUUCAUCUUCUGACUCCAAACCAGACAGCAGAGAUGCUGCUGCUGCCUCUGCGUACUCCACCAGAGAGAGAUGUGGUCAUAAGUCAUGUGCUUAAUUAUCUGAUUGAGUCGCCUGAAGACAGGAAACUUCUGGAAGUUCUGCACUUUGUAAUCCAAAGUGCUCAAAAGGUAACAGAUUUGGUUGUAUAACUUCACCAAAGCUUUAUCAAAGUAGGAUUAAUUGUUGUAAAAUGCUUUAUCUGUUUCAUAGGUCAAUCCUCCCUGCAGCAUCUACAAACUUCUGUGAGUUCCUUCAAAUACUAUCACUAAAGGAGUUAGUAAUCAGUUUGAGAGAAGUCAUUUUCUGUUUGU